AAUUUAUGUUAGUGUAGUUGGGCGUUGUUUGUCAUUUUUUAAACUUCAUUAGUUAAAUACAUUAAAUACUUUCCUAUAUUAUUCAUGGAGAACUUACCAAAUUAAAUUGUUACUUCAAUCCUCAAUGUUUACUACACAUACACAUGAAUAUCAAACUCUCCGACCAAGAGGCCGGACCCUAAUCUAGUUAGAGUUCGGGUUAUUUACUCUGAUUUUUCGUUGUUCGAUAAUUACGCAUACGUGCCUAAUAUUUGGCAAGAUCACCAAAUGAAUCCUAUUUUUUUUUAAAGAGUAUACCUAGGGGUGGUAAACGGUUUUGCGGCUAACGGUUUAACCGGUAACCGUACCGAUAACUGCGGUUAUCGAUAAAACCGUUAACCGUAAGCUACGGUAUUCGGAUGCGGCUUGCUUGGCUUCGGUAUACCGACAAGGACUCGGUAAAAUACCAACGGUAUUUCGGUAUCCCGAUACCGGAAUUGAAAGGGCAAACGGCAAAGGCGCUGUGCAACCCGCCGUCCUCUCUCAGACUCCAACCUUACCUGAUUAAUUAGAAUUUAGAUACUAGUCUUAAAAUAUAUUAAAGCAGUUUCAUAUUUCCACCUUGGCCACGUAAGCCUUACUCAAACGAUAGUUGUCCACGUCAGCCACUUAAAAUAAACUCCUCUCUUUCCCUUCCGUGAAGGAACCCAGGACUCCAUCAACCUAAAAAUAAAAGAAGAAACCAGGACUCCUCCCGUUUCCCCUCCACUCAACUUCUCAACCCCAUCAGUUUCAUUCUCACAAACUGCAAUGUUUCAUCCCAGAUUUUCCUUCCUCUUCCGUGCCUUUCUAUCUUCUAAUUAUUUUUUGGAAAACCCCAAUAAUUAUAAUCUCAUUCAACCUUCGAUUUCACUCAGAGGGGUCUUGGCGAGAGGCGCCCGAAUUGUUCGCCAUAGACGUGGCGGUUGGCGGCACAUCAGCAGCAUGUAGAAGGAUUGGAUGGCGGUUGUGAAGCGAUAGAGGAUCAGUCAAUGAAGCCGCUCUCAUAUUUUGCUGGUAAUCCAACAAUGAAUUCUAGAGAUAUAACGAAUCUCGGUGCGUCGACAGAGGCAAAGUAUGAAGGAAAUUCUGGUAGAAGGCGGCAGGACACCCUCAUCCAGUCUUGCUUUAUCGGACAACAACGCACGGUCAAUGGAGGCGUUGACGGGAUGUACUAUUACGGCACGGGACAACAACAUUGUCAUCACCAAUAUGUUGAUUUUCUCCUCCGAAAUUGGAGCUCUGUUGAGAGGCUAAGGACCAUGUUGAGAAACGACCGCACUUACAAAAAUGAGCGGAUCUCAGGCGGGAUAGGUUAUGGUCAAAAGUGAACGCAACUCGGUCGUAUUACAACUUCACAGAGGCAGAGGAAGGAGGAAUUCGUGUUCAAUGUGUGGGAAAACAUAACCAGGCAAUUACGGCAAAGACGAUAAUGGUGCUACGGUUGGGGUACUCUCAUGCAUUCUGUUUAUUUCCAUUCAAUAAAAGUUACUGUUGCAAAAUUACAAUAGGUAUGAUUGUUUGAUUGGUCGACGACAUGCAAUCUCUAUUUACUUCUUUCCAUUAUUGUUUGAUGUUGAUUACACAAUUAAGGAAAGGUGUUCUUCUAAUGUUGAUUUUCAUUUUUCGUAUUUGUUGUGGCUGGUUAGGUCGUUUGAUGAACUUUGUUCCCUCAAUCUAGAGGUUUCAAUCCGUUUAGGUUUGUGGAGUUCAAAUUUUUUGUGUUAAAAUGUAUGACUUAUAAACUUAUUGUUGAAGACUUAAUGUUGCACGAUGUUUCAUUUAUUUUUAGAAAUUUGUAAUAUAUAUUGUACAAUAAUUGGAGUGUUUGUGAUGUGAUGGACCCGUAUUUCACCAUUCACCAUCCCAUUUACAUGAGAUCAUACACACUUAACACCUCAUCGAUUUCCUUUCCAUAUCACUGCCACGUAUAGGAGAGGAAGAUGGAAGGUGGGCAAGUGUGUUUCAUUAUUUGUAAAUACAAUAUACUCUUAUCAGCACAGUUAACAAUCUCAUUAAAAUCUACUUUUAUAUUUAAAUUAAAUUAAACUUUCCAAACAAAAUAAAAAAAGCAUCAUAUGUAAAUACAAUAUAUUUAAUGCCAACAUCCAAAAAUGUGUAUGUAAAUCCAACAAAUAUCAUAAACAUUUAAACAUUCGUACUUAAAUCUAACAAAUAACAUUUGUAUUUAAUUUUAAAAUUCAAGAAAAAAAUUUUGUGUUCGGUAAUUGACCAAAACAAUGCCAUUUUAUUUAAAAUUCAGAAAUCAAUCAUGUUGAUUAUAUCAGGGCAUGCCAGUAAAUUUUGACACCGAUAUCGAUUAAAAUUGCUUAUACAUAUUGACAUGUUACAGACAUGAUCACUUUAAGAUGGAAUUAUGUUGGACGCCAUGAAAAAAUCUAAUAAAGUGCGCCCAAACAGUGGAUCUCUGACACGUAUCCUGCAGAACUCCUUGCAGCUUCUUAAAGUUUGUCUUGGUCAUCCUCGAGCAGAUGCAUAAGUUGUCAUCCUUCGAGAUUGUCGUUUUUUUUCUUGAGCCUUUUUACAUUGUAUAGAAUUUAGUGUGGUUUCUUGGACUGCCAACUGGGUUGCUCAUAGAGUGUCACUUAAAGCUCUGUUGCUGUCUCGGUAAGAGUUAGCUUCUUUUCAUUUUGUGAUGUGAUUUGUUAGUGGGAUAGGGAGGGAUUGUGGGUAGUAGUAGUUCUUUCUAACUAUUGUCUUGGCAUUACUCGGAAAAAAAAAAUCUAAUAAAGUGCGCCCAAAUACCAUUUAUCACUCUAUAUCAUUGUGCAAGGUCGUAAAUCAGAGGCUAUAAAACUACUAAAUGGCCUUCCUAGAUUGCAUUUUAUUAUCUUAAAAAUUAUGGACAUCGCCAAAUAUUGUCACCUUCUAAAGUAAUAAAUUAGUAACAUAAUAAUAGAGCUACCUGCCCAACGGGCAGGGUCAAAGCUAGUUAAUACCAAUACCAAUUUUCAUCGCUCUCUCCCAUCUGCCGUACGAGUACGACGAGGCACGCCGCACAAUCGAUCCUCGACAACAAACGCUGGCUGCCGCCAGAUAGCUACCUGCAGAAACAGAAUUUUCAUCCUUUUCGUCGCCGGCGAAAGCUCGACCCCCGUCCCACGAGCCCAGGACCCAGCAACCCAGUCUCUGUUAGGACCUUUUCCGUCGAUCCCGUCGCCGUCGGGCCAGUUUCCGUUACCUUGCCGCCGUCGGACCUUUCCCGCUUGACCUAGCAGCCCCACAGUUCGUUCUACUCUCCGUCGAUUUCAUUUUUUUCAGGUCAUAAUAUUUCGUUGACUUUGUUUAUUGACUUGUUGUGCCAGAGGAGAGCAGCAGCCAAGUUCCAUUGUUUGUUGCUUUUGUCAUCUCAAACUUUUUAAUUUUUAUGAUAAUUGUCAAUUGAUGCACAUGAAAAACCCCAACCCAUAUGCAAUCACCAUUCGUCCUCUCCCCACCAUUCCUGUACAGUGUACACCGUCACAGCUCCUUUGUCGUGGAAUGAAAGGGUAGACAAAUGAAGCACGUAAGCAGAAUGGGCCAGCGGCAACACGGGUAUCCGGCUAAUAACCGAUACCGUAUGAAUUCGGGAUUCGGUAUACCGAGUUAAGUUCGGUAUCGGCAAACGGUGCCAUUGUGAUGAUGUCCGGUAUACCGGUAACCGGUCAAACGGUAACCGAUUUAACCGGUUACCGACCCUUUAUCAGCCCUAAGUAUACCAUUACGUCUUUUAAUUUUAUUUUUUAGACAGAAUGAACCUACAAUGAUGUGAUUAGGGGUGUAAGUUAGACCCUUAAAACCCACCGACUCGCCCCGACCCGCCCCGACCCUCAGGGUCGGGCUGGGUCAAUUUGUCUACAGGGUCAAUUUAGGGUCGGGUCAGCUUAGGGUCGGGUCAGGGUCAGAUAGAGUCGGGUCAAUUUAGGGUCGGGUCACUUUUUGACCCUAUGACCCUAAGCAUCAUACAAACACGUUGGACCUAUUUGUAAAAUUUUAAAAGUUUAGGUACUAAAUUGUAAAAAUUAAAAAUUUUGGGUACCAAAAUGUAAUUUUACCAUCAAAUUUUAGGGACUUAUUUGUAAAAAAAAUAAAAUUUAGGUACUAAAAUGUAAGAAAAAAUAAAUUCGGGU